AUGACAUCGACCUCUGUUCGGCCAUUCGCCUUUACCCUGAUCAAUUUUUCUGACGACGAUGCUUUACUUCACCGAGACGCAAACGAGCUCGAAGCGAUAGGUGCUAUCCGCAUAACGGCACGGCGCGUCAUCGCGAAGGAAAACGUGCCUUACAAUCCUGCACAGUACGACACCCGCGACAUUGGCCUCGUACAUGAGCGCCGGAAGAAAGCAGGGGUGCAUUGCAGAGAGAUACACCGUCAAACACGGAACGCCGCCAACGUAGAUUAUCUGGAUGCCAUCGAGAAACCUUACUGUGUUUUCGUUUUCCGUUACCGGCCCAAAGACAUCCUGCAGGCCCAAGGGAUCGUACCGCCCCCUACUCCCGUGGCUCCGCCGGGUAAUACGUCGCCUUCUAGGACCUCGAAUGGCGGUCAACAGAGAACUGAACCACCGGUGCAGCGCACUGCCUCGGGCUCCGGGAAAAGGCAGAGAGAAGAGCCCCCAUCACAGAAUCUAGACAUCAAAGAGUCCGAUGAAUCAGAUAUUAAGGAUACGAAGGUAUUGCAGGCCCAACUGGAGGCCAUUCAGGCGAAGUUGUCGAAAGCAAAGGGGAAGUAUAACCGCAAGCGCGUCAAGCGAGAACCUAGUCCAAUCCGGCUAGAUGUGAGCGGGGACGUUAUUGACCUUACAUCGGACUGAUAGAGGCACAAGACUCUGACUAUGUUGAAAUGCGUGCGAGGGUUAUGUUAUAUUUGACGAUCAUGAUUGAGUUUGAUGUAUGUAAAGUACAGUAUAGCUUGUAUUGGUGACAUCUGAAGCGCAACAGGUAUUCGCUAAUGGCUGACCCCGGGAAAGUCAGCGUGCAGC